AAUUCAAUUCGGCACAACCUCUCUCUCCACGACAAGUUCGUAAAGUGCCCCAAAGCUUCGGAGAGUUCUAAAUCCUCAUACUGGCGAUUGAAUGCCAAUUCCUUGAACCGUCCCUACGUCCGUCGACGCACCUGCUCUCUAGACACUCCCGGAAAUGGCGGAAAUGGCUCUGUUGGAGGCAAAAAGGCCAAAUCCCGUCUGGGUGGCAGUGGUGCGGCUCAGUUGGGCAGUUCCGGGCCUAAUGCCGUGUCAGCAGGCAAACGGAGUGCUGCUCAAAUGGGCGGGAGAGAUCUGAAGGCAGGAAUGUAUGGUGAUGACCUCUCGGCGGCCGCUGUGCGCUCCCACUUGAAUAAUCUCCCGUCGGGAAUUGCCAGCGCCUUCAGCAUUCCGGGAAGUGCUGGAGGGGGUGCGACUGGACUCAAAGGUGACCCUUCUGGGGGAUUGAAUCAUCACCACAAUCCUUGGGCCAAUUCCGGGUUUCUGACCGAUAGGAAAAUGGCCAAUGAUGAAUUAAGUGCACUUUGUAAAAUGCAUGCAAAUGACUCACUCAAUUCGAGUAGUUUGGGUGGGAGUGGAUUAGGCGGCAGAAACGGUGGAAGCGGCUACGAGUUUCAAAUGCCUCGCGUUCCACCCUCAUCCUCGACACGUUCAAGUUUCUCUUCCUCAGGAAUUGGCAGUGAAAGGGGCUCCGCGUCGUUUUUCUCCCCUCCUCCUCCCCUUCCGCCGCCAACCAGCACCACCAAUCGAUAUCAUCUUCCCCAUCCCAGUCAGCACUUCUCCCACGAUCAACAGGGACGAUACAAUAACUCAAACGUCUGUGAAACCUCCCCUAAUCCCAAUCAACCCAACUCUAACACCUAUGAUCAAUUGACUGGUGUUCUAACAGGCUCUGCUGAGUGUCUGGAAGGUGGUUCAGAUGAUCCUUUCAUUCGAGCGGAAGCUCAUCAAUUAAUGGGCCAUAAUCACCAUCAUCAUCAUAUUCAACAUCAUCCUGCAGGCCCACAGACCAACUCGCAUCUCCAUAACCUUUUAAUGAGUGGUGUUGGAGGUGAUUCGACAGUCAAUUCGUCAGAUAUGAGCUCUGCCCAACAUCAUCAGCUUUCUCAACACCAAUCACAACUGAGUUCUCAGGAUGAUAUGGAGUUGCGGAUUAGUUUGGAGAUUGCUAAUCGUGUUAAGUCAGGGGAAAUGAAUAGCACCAUGCAACAAUGGGCCGCAGCAGCGGCUUCUGCGGCGAGAACAGUUGAAAAUGGCGUCUAG